AAGUAGGAGGGAACGGCGGCGAGGAAGGGAGAUGAGGAUGGACCGAGGGGAGGCAACGCGAGGCGUGCGGAGGGCUCCUUGCGCGUGGGAGAGCUCCCAGCAGCCUCUGCCCCCCAGCAGCCGAGGCAAGUGGGUGAGGCUCAACGUCGGCGGCACCAUCUUCCUCACCACCCGGCAAACGCUGUGCCGCGAGCAGAAAUCCUUCCUCUGCCGCCUGUGCCAGGGAGAGGAGCUGCAGUCGGAUCGGGAUGAGACGGGUGCAUAUCUCAUUGAUCGGGAUCCCACUUAUUUUGGACCCAUUCUGAAUUUCCUCCGGCAUGGGAAGCUAGUACUGGAUAAAGAUAUGGCAGAGGAAGGGGUUCUGGAAGAAGCCGAAUUCUACAACAUCGGGUCUCUAAUCAGGCUAAUCAAGGACAGACUGGAAGAAAAGGACUACACUAUAACACAGGUGCCUCCGAAACAUGUGUACAGGGUUCUGCAGUGUCAGGAGGAAGAACUCACGCAAAUGGUUUCUACUAUGUCAGAUGGAUGGCGUUUUGAACAGCUGGUGAAUAUUGGGUCGUCCUAUAAUUAUGGGAAUGAGGACCAGUCGGAGUUCCUGUGCGUGGUCUCCAAAGAGCUCCUCAGCUCGCCCAGCGGCCUGUGCACUGAGCCCAGCCGGAAAGCCAAGAGCACAGAGGAGGACCUAGAGGAGGAAGAGCAGAAGGAAGCGGAGCUGCAGGAGGAAGAGGAAGAGGAGAAGGUGGUGGAGCAGGAGCGAGUGGAAGCCGGAGUGGAAGAGGAGGAGAAAGGUGCAGCCAACCUCUGAAGACAGCCAGGAACAAAACCAAUACCGAACCUUAAAGCCGCAUGCUCCCUUUUCUGGCGGGAGCAGGUGGGGGGAAGCACGAAAGGGGUGCUUCUGCAGGUGAUGCUUACGCAGGGAGGAAGCAACACCUGGUGGCCAAAGGCUCAGGGAGGGAGGGGGGACAUCAGUUCAUUUCGGAAGCCACUGCAUUUAGGUCUAAACCACGUGUGUGUAGUGGUGUUUUUCUUUUUCUUACUUCUGAAUUCGUUGCAGAUUGGAAUUGUGUCUACCCCAGGAUUCCUCCAAUUCCCUCCCUGUCUUCUUUCCUUUUGGGUUCCUUUUCACUUUGGCUUUUUCAGCUCGUGCACAUUUCUCCCUGCCUUGCCAAUCCUUCUUUCCUCACCUUCUUUCUUCUCUCCCUGAGCCAGCAAAGAUCUUUUAUUUUUCCCCAGCCUAGAUCUCUUCCUCCUCCUCUGCCAGCCCAGCCCUGGUCUGCACUCCCAGAUUUAGACGAGUGACUCCCACUCCCUUUCCUUUGCUCGGACAUUUGGGUGGGCUUAGUGCACCCUUGUCCUGAAUUUGUCUUCCAGGGUAGCCCUUGCAGCCCCGGAGUGGGAUGAAGAAACUUGGGGCAGAAGAGAAAUGCAAUUCGGCCAGGGAGCAGGGGAGAGAUAGCUGCCUGCAGUGAACCUCUGAAGCUGCCUUUAUAGCAAGAAUGUGAAACCUGUUGCCCUCCUAGCUGUUGUUAGACUCCAACUCCCAUCAUCCUGGAUGAUUGGCUAUGCCAGCUGGGGCUGAUGGGAGUUGGAGUCCAAUAACAGUGGGAGGUUCACAGGUUCCCCACACUGCUCUAUGGUAGAGUAGGCCAAUAGCCCACCCAGUCUACUGCUGUCUAUGUUUUGAUGGGCAACAGCUCUCCAGGGUCUCUAUCUGGAGUCCAAGCGCUAUUCCUUGAUCCUCAUAGCUGGAGAAGCCUGAGAUUGAGCCUGGAGCCUUCUGUGUGCAAAACAUGCUUCUCUCCAUUCAGCAGCAGGGCAGGCACUUGGUGCUAAACCAGAGAAACCCACAUCCUGUACUGCAGGAAUCCAUGUAUCUGUGCUCAGAAUAAAUCAAUGCAGAUUUGCAUUGCAUGUAAUAUGCUUAUUUCUCGUUAUGGUGCUUAAGAACUAUUGCGGAGGGCAAGCGGCGUGGUCUGGGAAAACUAGCAGGAGGAGAAAUCGGGGCCUAGGUGCAGGGGCAGGAAUCGAUGCAACACACAGCAGAUCUGCUCCAUGUCCACCUCCCUUCCCCUAAUAGUCUUGGUUACUCGUUUUCCGCAGGGGCUGCUCAUUUUGGCCCAUCCUCUCUCCUAGCGCAUCCGCCUCCCCCUGCAACAAGCUCACAACCUUUAAGCCUAGAAACUGAAAAUUUGGAUUCGCAAGAAGCCAGAUUCUGUGGCCAGGGAUUGUCCACAAUCCAAUACAGAGUUAAGUGCUCUUAAGGAUACUGAUUUCAACUGAAGGUGGAAACAGAAGAGUGUGGCAAUCAUUUUCAGUAUCUUCGUACAAGCUCUAUUCCUAGAAGCAGCUAUCUAAUCCUUUGGAGGGGAGGUGUGGAUCUUGCUGGUACUUUGCUUGCAAUUUCCCACAUCUGCCUUCCUUCCGAUAAUUGUAAAAACUUACGUUUUCUUGGCAGGAACAGAUAUUGCACUGUAGCUCCUGGUCCAUGAGAAGCGUUCCCUCUUCUUCAGAAUUAGAACUCAGGAUUUAGCAGAAGGGCUGUCUCUUCCAUUACGAAGAAGCCCUCAUUGUCCUCUGCAAUGAGAGCUGGAGAAUUUGGUUCUAGGAGUGCAGGCUUCUCCUUUCUCCUUCUGUGCAGGAACCUCUUCAAUCCACUGUGGCUUGAAUAUGAAUAUCACAUCGCCCUUCAGGCUACUAGUGCUUUUAUGUGCAUGACCCCUGCCCUCCCUCUCUCUCUCUCUCUCCCCUUCCCUCCUUCCACUUGCCCCUCUUCUGCCGCCUCCUUCCUCUGUCUUAAUCCAGCUUUCUCCCUUUCACUUGGCUUCUCUGGCUUUGCUUGUUCUUGUCACUUUAAGCUAUUACAAACCAGAUGUCUCAGGAUAUGAUGCUGAUCAAUGUUGUUUUUUUAAUGUUAAUUUUAAAGUCUUUAUUUUUGUACUGUACUUUUUUCAAAAUAAAAAAAAAAACCACAGCCAGGGGGGUGUGGGUGGGUGGAGUUAGAGUAAUAUUGCAUUGUGGACCUUUUUACACAGCAUUUUACGUUUGUCACAAAUUAUGAGCCACUCUUACACGGAUGGAAGAGGUGUGUGUUUUGCCUUCAGCAGAUCUCUCCGCUCCCCUGCCCCACAAGCCCUAGGGUUGGCAUUUCAUGCUGACCUGGUUCACAGCCCCCACCCCCAGCCAAACCAUGGCUUAGUGCAGAUGGGCGAGCACCUGGCCUACAGGAGAGGAAGCUGCUGCUGCUUCCGCUGCUUUACAUUCCCCCUUUUUGUUCUGAGCUGUGCCAAGCCUAGAUUUAAAGUACAGUCGUACCUUGGAUCCCAAACGCCGCAAAACCGGAAGUGAGUGUUCCGGUUUGCAAAUGUUCUUUGGCACCCAAACGUCUGACACGCUUUGGUUUCCAGACGUUUUGGAAGUCAAACGGAUUCCGUUCGACUUCCAAAGUACAACUGUAAUUUGAACCCAGGCUCAUGGUUCAACUUUUGCAGAGACACCAUGAGCCAUAAGCCACAAAUCUUGGUUAGAGUUCAUGGUUAGUCUGGAGAGAGGUAAAUCACAAGUGUAGGUUUGGAUGAUAGGCUAGGCAAAGUCAUGGCUUGUAUCAGUGGAGCAACUGGUGAGCAAAGCAGUCACAAUCCCCUCUCCUGGAGUCUGGACCCUCAUGGCUUCACUCUCCGCCAUGGUUUGACUUACUGUGGCAUGUGAACUGGACCCACAGUCACAGCGACCCCUAUGGGGAACAGCAGAGCACAGCCUUACAGUUUUUUUGUCUCCCAUUCCAAAUUCCCAUGUUUGCUCUGUAGGGAGGCAGUUUCUUGAUAGGCUUGAACUCACAAAUACACUCAGCCCUGAAUAGAACACUAUAUCAGAGACAGGGGAAUCUGUGGUCCUCCAAGGUGGUGUUGGACUCUCAGCUCCCAUCAUUCCAGACCACUGACCCUGCAGGCUGGGAUUGAUGGGAGUUGGGAGUCCUGACAACAUCUGUAGGGCCACUGGUUCUGCUUUAUUUCAAUAAAUGGGAAUGAUAGGCGGAUACUUCCUGGAGUGUUAGGUCAGGAAGAGAACACCUUUAACAGAAAGCCAGUCCCAUUUUACUACAGCAGGCUCUGCCACUAAUUCUGUUAAGAUUGGAUGGUAGCCACAAAACAGUGCCUGAGAUUGCAGUGUAAUAACUCCUGAAUAAAUUCCACAGACUAUUACUACUGUCUUGCGUCAUCUCACCGUACGUGAGCUGGGUGCUCUUUUAUGUAUAGAACCGUUUUCUCCAUAAAAGCAUUUGAACUCUG